AUGAAAAGACUUGCAGGAGCCAAAUGGGGAUGCAAUCAAGCAACCCUGAAUACAACGUAUAACACAUAUGUUAAACCUAUAAUCAAAUAUGGUAGCAAGGUCUUGAUUUCUACGGCAAAGAGUAGUAUUGACAAACUAGAAAAAGCGCAAAAUAAAGCCCUUAGGGUUAUCAUUGGAGCAGUGAAAACUAUCCCAGUCGCAGCAAUGCAACUGUACAUUUCCAACCCUUCCAUCAACAUUGAAAUUCAAAAGCAGGCAGUCAGAAGUUACAUCAAAAUGUUGACCUCACACAGAGCAGAGUGGAUUCCAAAUGAGGAACCCAGUACUCUCAAAACUCAAGUUUCACCAGUAGAAAUAUGUCAAAACACACUUCAAGAUCUCGAUGCUAACAUUCCUACUGAAAGCACAUAUAAAAUUAUCAAUCCACUUGAAUAUGUAGACAUCGAAAACAACUUGACUGCAGGGAACUUAAGGAAAAAAGACAGUAUCGAGGCAGAGCUGAGGGCAACUGCGUUGCAAAUGAUCUGCGAAAAAUACCCGGAAAGCGACUGGCUACAUGUAUAUACCGGCGGAUCUCAGAUACAAGAUAGAUCUGGAGCUGGUGUUUUUUUGUAA